UUUGUUUCUUACAGCUCUCUCUUUCGAAUGUCACGCAGGCCACAACAGCCGAAGCUGAAACCCAUUGGCAUAAUAUACGUUUUGACCCCAUCGUCUCCACCCCGUAGGAACUACGAGAUCACCGAAAAAAAAAAGCAAAAUAUCUUCUCUCUCUCUCUACUUUCUUUUUCUUAAUUUUAUCAAAAAAAGAUAAUCCUUCUGCCUCUUUGAAUCUUCAUUACCAAAUUGACCAUGCCGUUUCGGUUGAACCUGAAUGCUUUGCUUUCCUCCUUAUUUCUUUCCUUUUUUGUUUGCAUUUCCUUUUCAUGGGUAGCUCACACCAUAUUUGCCCUAAGUAGAAGAUCGUUGAAUUUCGAAUGUGUGAUUUGUCUUGCAGUGUUUUUAGCUUCUGAAGAACUUCAGUCUAAAGUUUAGACAAUAGGAGGUGGAUAAAAAGAUAAAUCUUCAGCUGGUUGACGCUGCCAAAGUCCCUGGAAGAAUUUAAUCAUGGCGAGAGGCAAAGUUCAGAUGAGGCGAAUUGAGAACGCGACAAGCCGGCAAGUCACCUUUUCAAAGCGCCGGACUGGGCUACUGAAGAAAGCUUAUGAGCUCUCAGUCCUCUGCGAUGCCGAAGUGGCCGUGAUCAUCUUUUCACAGAAAGGAAGGCUUUACGAGUUCUCAAGCACUUCCGAAUCCAUGUUUCAAGUUUAUGACCAUAACACAAGGCAAAAACUAGAAAUUUCAACCCACCGGUGGGCAGCUGUGUUGGUUCGGCUUUGGGCACUUCAUCGUCGAGGUUCCAGGGUUGAAAUUCUACAGCUGCUAACACGUCUUAAGUGGGGGGCCAUAGUGGUGAGAAUCCGAAAGACAAUUGAUCAAUAUCGCAGAUCUACAAAUGAUGCGGCUACUUACCAGGCUAGUAUGGAACAAUAUAUUCUGCGUCUGAAGCAAGAAACCACUGAUAUGGAGAGGAAGAUUGAGCUUCUUGAAGUUUCUCUACGGAAGCUAUCAGGACAAUGUCUUGGAUCUUGCUCGAUCGACGAUAUCCAACGGAUGGGGGAUCAGCUCGAGCGAAGUUUGGGCAGCGUUAGGGAAAGAAAGGCUCAAUUAUUCAACGAUCAGAUACAGCAGUUACAAGCAAAGGAGAGGUCUCUGAAAGAAGAGAAGGCAAAGCUUCUUGCAAAGUAAUAUGCAAAUCCUUGGCAGUCAACAGCUCAUUUGACAGCAGCAGCAAUACAUAGCCGGAGCAGCUGGAGUACAGAUGUUGAGACGGGGUUGUUCGUCAGAUUGCCGGAGUGUUAAACUAAUUUGCCAUCACCCAACAUAAGUCUAAUAAUAUCUGUUAAAUAGAAUAAAAUAAGAAUUACAGCAAUAUCACUCAGUGACAUCUUUACUCAGAUAGAUUCUCCUUAACACUAUCACGGCAACAUAUACAUGAGAUUCAUGGUAGGCAUUUUGAAAAUCCAUGAUUAAGAAUAGCAAAGGCAAAGAAAGAUCAAAUUAAAAAUGAGCAAUGACAAAACUAGACGAUGAAGAUUCAGAAACAAAGGAAAUAACUUGCCUGCACCUUGGGCUUUCACAUUAGAAUUACACAUCAAUCGAUUCCAAGAAAGAAACGUCUCUGUUGAGCAUAUUUUCGAACUGCUUGUGUACAUUUCAGCAAUGCCAUGGGACAUGUCUGAGUUUUUUUAUUUAUUUUAUUUUUUGGUCGGACACCUCUUAAAGGUUGGCUAAGCCAAAAAGUGUUCAUCCUUCACCUCUAUAAUUUUCCUCAGCAUAGACAUAUGCCGACAUGAGGUUCAUGGGCAUCUGAAAUGUUCUGGAAUUAAAAUUGUCGUGUUGCGAUAUGAGGCUACUCAGUUGUAAAUCAUCCCAAAUAACAAGGUCCAACUUUUUU